AAAAAAAAAACAGAAAGAAAGCCAGAACAAGCCGCGCGCUCUCUCGCGCGAGGACCUUGGCGCAUGCGCAUUCGCCGCGUUCCUGACGACGAGCCAGCGAGCGACGCUGAAGGGAAACAGAAGCGGGAGGGAGGAGGAGGAGGAGGAGGAAGGGGGGGGGGAGGCUUGAGGCGCGGUAUAAUCGCGAGGUCGGCUGCCUGACAGGCUCUGGGUUGGCUGCGGAGACGGCCACGUAGCGCUGCGGCCUGAGGGGAGGGUAAAGAGAAGCGCGGAGGAGGAGGAGGCGGCAGCAGGAGCUGAGGGCCCAGGCCUGGUCCUGAGGAAGAGGCUGCGAGGGAGGAGGAGGAGGAGGAGGAAGAGAGGGCUCCCGUGAGGGGAGGGAGGGAGGGAGGGGGCCUGGCUGCCCUCCACCUUCCCCCCUCCCCCCUCGGGUCUCGGCAUGGACCGCCAAGGAAGAGGAGGACGAAGCGGAGGAGGAGGAGGAGGCGGUGUUGGCGGCGGGGGAGCGCCCAUGGACCGGCGGAGGAGGCGGCGGCACAGGAGGGGCCCGGCCUGGACAAAAUGUUCAGCUGUUAAUUGGCAGCUUUCUUCCUGUGAACUGUUGCCAGUGUCCUCGUGCUGUAAAACCUGAAUUCCAUGACCUACACAUGCUUUGGUGCUCUGCUUCCCAAAGGAAGUCAUGUGUUAGCUAUUUUCGACCAUUCGUUUUGUUCCAGAGGAAUUACUGCAUUGGUAUUCUGGGAUACAAGGUGCUCAAUGAAUCGGGAGCCCCCAUGAAUGAAACAGCCAGCUCUUGCCAGCAGAUGGCUAAAAACUGCACCACACACAUAGCAGGGAUGGCACAAGAGGAGAGAGGUCAAGGGCCACCUCCUUUUUAUCAUGCUGCCACCCAGGAACUUGACUUGUCCACCAAAGUAUACAAAAGGGAGUCUGGAAGUCCAUACUCCGUACUGGUGGACCCGAAAGCAAGUAAGCCACAUCUCCAUGAACGAGAAGAGCAGCCAUAUUUCAGGGAGGACAGAACAGUAGGAGAAGUUCGAGCCGUGAAAGAAGACAGGGAGAACUCUGACGACUUGCAGGAGGAGGAUGAAGAGGAAGAUGAAGUGACUUACAAAAGGGAGCAGAUAAUAGUAGAGGUAAACCUUAACAACCAAACAUUAAAUGUAUCAAAAGGGGAGAAGGGGGUCCCCUCCCAAUCCAAAGAAACUGCUGUUCUUAAGACCAGCAGUGAGGAAGAGGAGGGUGACAGUGGGGAGGAAGAGGCCACUGAAGACAGUAAUGAUGAGGAGGAAAAUGAGAGGCAGAAGAAAACAGAGCAAAGAGAGGAAAAUGAUAGUGUUGCACAAAGGAGGACAAGGAGAGCUGCAUCUGCUGCAGCCACCACAACUUCCCCUACUUCCAGAACUACAAGGGGCCGUAGAAAGAGCGUUGAUCUUCCCAAGCGUAAGAAGAAAGCUGCAAAGGAGCCCAAGGCACCUGUGCAGAAAUCAAAGUGUGAAGAAAAGGAGACUUUGACCUGUGAGAAGUGUCCCAGGGUGUUUAACACACGCUGGUAUCUGGAGAAGCACAUGAACGUCACUCAUAGGCGUAUGCAGAUCUGCGACAAGUGUGGGAAGAAAUUUGUUCUAGAAAGUGAGCUCUCCCUUCACCAGCAAACAGACUGUGAAAAAAACAUUCAGUGUGUCACUUGUAGUAAAUCAUUCAAGAAGCUGUGGUCCCUUCAUGAGCAUAUCAAGAUUGUCCAUGGAUAUGCAGAGAAAAAAUUCUCCUGCGAGAUAUGUGAAAAGAAGUUCUACACCAUGGCUCACGUGCGAAAGCACAUGGUUGCACAUACAAAGGACAUGCCAUUUACAUGUGAAACCUGUGGAAAAUCCUUCAAGCGUAGUAUGUCAUUGAAGGUUCACUCCCUGCAGCAUUCUGGAGAGAAGCCUUUUCGAUGUGAGAACUGUGAUGAAAGGUUUCAGUACAAAUAUCAGCUUCGUUCCCACAUGAGCAUUCACAUCGGACACAAGCAGUUUAUGUGCCAGUGGUGUGGUAAAGAUUUCAACAUGAAACAGUACUUUGAUGAGCACAUGAAAACCCACACUGGAGAGAAACCUUUCAUCUGUGAAAUCUGUGGCAAAAGCUUCACCAGUCGUCCCAACAUGAAGAGACACCGCAGAACUCACACAGGGGAGAAGCCAUAUCCUUGCGACGUGUGUGGCCAGCGGUUUCGCUUUUCCAACAUGCUUAAGGCACACAAGGAGAAGUGCUUCCGUGUUACCAGUCCUGUUAACGUGCUGCCUGCUGCCCAGAUACCACUUGCCACCACCUCUCCUGCUCCCAGUUUACCUUCUGUUGUGAACACAGUAAAUGCCCCUGCUCCGACUCCACCGAUGAAUAUGAACCCAGUGGGCACACUUUCCCCCCGUCCCAUUGGCCAUCCUUAUCCUUCUCACUUGCAUCUCCAUCCCCACCAUCCCCAUCACCUUCCAGUUCCUGUUCCCCCUGUCUCACACUUACCUCCACCUCCUGCUCUGUUUAAGAGUGAGCCUUUAAAUCAUAGGGGCCAAGGCGAGGACAGUUUUCUGCGACACCUAGCAGAAAAGAACAGUUCAGUACAGCACCACUAACUCUUGUCUUCUAUCAGCCAUUGUCUUGGUCUUGCGGACUUGGAAGCGUGCUCCCCGCCAAGAAAUCUUGUGGUUUCUUUUGAAGCCCCAGUGUAAGAGCUUUGCAUUAAUUCCGGCUGUCUGGAAAAGUGGUUAUCAAGCCCAAGGGGAACUGAUAGGAGAGAAGCCCAGUUUGGCUUGCACGUUUUACUGUUGACUUUUAUAGAUUUCGAAAUGACUGACACUUGUGGAAUUUUUUUAUAAUUUCAUAUCAGCUGAUGAGGUAUGCUUGCUUUUAUAUCCUGGAUUUUCUCCUCAAAGAGGAGAUGACCCUGGUUUCCUUUGUACUAAUCAAAAAGACUGUGAGACUAAAUUCCAGAGCAUUAA